GGUUUCUUCAGCUCAGGGAAACUUACUAGAUUCUCGUUAAAAUGGCUUUAAGAGGAAAACAUUUGACGGCUACAAUUGUGCUGAUAAUUGUGACCACAGUCUUCAGUGUUCAAACUCUCACAUGUCAACUGUAUGAAUAUCAGACUGGGAACAAAUGCUGUCCAAGAUGUAAUGCUGGAAGUCGAGUUCAAACCGACUGUACAGACUCCAUAACUACAUCAUGUCUCCCCUGUGAAGAUGGGACUUUCAUGGACAAACCUAAUGGACUUAAAAAAUGUCAUCAAUGUACUAACUGUGAUUUAGGUUCUGGUCUGAAAGUAAUGUUGGCAUGUUCACCAGCAUCAGAUACCGUGUGUGAACCGGUGGAGGGAUUCUUCUGCAUCGACUCUGGGGGUCGAGGCUGCACAGCAGCUCAGAAACACAGGAGCUGUGAACCGGGACAAUACAUCAGAGAGAGAGAUGAGGAAUAUGACUUCCUGUUUGAAAGCAUCUCCGUACUGAGACGCUCUAAGAGAUGCUCUGUCAAAGGAAUCUAUCAAACCAGCAACACCCACCAUAGUGUUCCACUCUUUUACAUGGUCAUUAAAAGCCGGAUUAAUAUCUUUCUGGAGACAAUAUGGAGUCAGAACGACCAUCUGCAGAUGCGGCACUGCAUCGUCGACUCCAGUGGGAAAGACAAUUACCAAAUCAGGUCCAUGAGGUGGUUUGUUUGUGCAGGAAACGCCUCCUCAGACACCGAGUGCUCCGACUGCAGCAGUGGAACAUUUUCAGAUGGAACGUUGACGUCUUGUCAGCCGCACACACAAUGUGAAACAAACCACCUCCAGGUGAUAAAAGCAGGAACGGCUUCAACUGAUGCAGAAUGUGGAGAACAAUCAUUCACAACUCCAAUUCUGGCAGGAGUAGUUUCUGUCGUUUUUUUAUGUCUGGUUGUCGUGGCGUUAAUCAUCUAUAGAAAGAAGAUAAUAAAAUACAAACACGAACGUGUUGGAACUGGUGGAAAGGUCAAACAGAAUGGAAGCAACAAUAUUAAACAAAGGACGGCAACACUGGAUGGAAACGAAGGGAACAAAGAAUUGCAGGAUUUAACAUAAUAAGGUUCAAACCUUGCACAGUAAAACUACUUCCUACUUGUCACAUCUGUUUACUGUGGAGUAAAUGUGCUACAGAGUCCAGUUAAAGUCCAGCUGGAGUCUGACACGUUGUGUUCACAGUGUACAGAAAUCACACAAUAACCUGCUUCACCUUGUGACAGGGUGGAGGAGCAGCCACUCAGCUGAUUGGGCACACCUGUGCCCAAUCAGCCUCUCCACCCUGCCUGCCUUCAUAAAGAGCAGCUGCACACCAGCAAGGGGCUGCUGGGAGAGGGCUCUGCUGAGCCCACACACCUCAACACAUACCAUCUCCCUCAGAUCUCACUGUGCACAGAUUAAAUUAGUGAAGGAAGUGACAUCAGGGGAAACAUCUGCUGAGGAAUCCGUAAAGUUUGAUCUUAAAAAUACAGACUGGACUCUUUACCUUGCAGCAAACAUUGG